GGAGGAGGCGGCGCCGUUGCUGCAGCCGCGGCCGAGCGGAGCGUGGCCUGGGAGCGCGUCCGGGGCGGGGCCGCCGCCAACACCGCCGCCGCUGCCGCUUGGCCCCCUCCUUCCCUUCCCCUCGGAGGCUGCCGGGCGGGAGAUGCGGGCGCGGCGAGACUCCCCCGAGGGGCCCCCCCCGGGCGCCGGCCGGGCGCUGGGCUGAUGCUCCGGGGCGGCGGAGGAGGCGGAGGAGCGCGCGGGGGCGGCCGGGCCGGACCAUGAGGCUCCGCAUCUACAAGCGCAAAGUGGGCGCGCUCCUCCUGGCCCUCGUGGCCGCCGCCUGCGCCUUGGCCAUCUGGGGGGGCGGCGGCGGCGGCGGCGGCGGCGGCGGAGAGAAGCUGGGGGCGGCGGCGGCCGGAGCGGAGCCCCUCGGGGGCAGCAGCAGCCCCAGCGGGAGCCCGGCUCGCCUCGCCGGGGACGGCCGCCCUCCCUCCAACGCGUCCUGGCCGGCGGCGGUGCCGGGGACCCCGGCCGUGGCGGCGGCGGCGCCGUCGGGGGACAACGAGACGCUGCGGCUGCGCUCGCUGGUGUACCGGCUGAACUUCGACCAGGCGGUGCGGCAGGAGUGGCUGUGGGCGGCGGCGGCGGCGGCGGGGCGGGCGGCGGGCGAGGCGCCGGUGGCGCUGGUGGUGCAGGUGCACGAGCGGCCCGAGCACCUGCGCCUGCUGCUGGAGUCGCUGCGCCGCGCGCCGGGCGCCGAGAAGGUGCUGCUGGUGCUGAGCCACGACGUGUGGUCGCCGGAGCUGGACGCGGUGGCGGCGGGCGUGGACUUCUGCGCGGUGCUGCAGGUCUUCUUCCCCUUCAGCCGGCAGCUGUACCCGCGCGAGUUCCCGGGCAGCGACCCCCGCGACUGCCCGCGCGACCUGGGCCGGGCGGCGGCGCUGCGGCGGGGCUGCCUCAACGCGCGCUACCCGGACGCCUUCGGCCACUACCGCGAGGCCGCCUUCGCGCAGGCCAAGCACCACUGGUGGUGGAAGCUCCACUUCGCCUGGGAGCGCGUGCGCGCGCUGCGCGGCCACGAGGGCCCCCUGCUCUUCCUGGAGGAGGACCACUACCUGGCCCCGGACUUCUACCACGUCCUGCAGCGCCUCUGGGCCCUGCGCCGCCGCGACUGCCCCGACUGCCAGCUCCUCUCCCUGGGCUCCUACGCGGCCGUGCAAGCCUGGCGCCUCUUCUCGCCGCGCCGACAAGCGCUGGAGCUGAAGACCUGGAAGUCCACUGAAGCACAACAACAUGGGCAUGGCCUCGGCGCUAAUUCCACCUACCGAAGCUGCAGCCAGUCUGGGCAUGCUCGACGCCUUCUCUGCAAUCACGACGACUACAGCUGGGACUGGUCGCUGCAGCACCUGACGGGCCCACUGCCUGGCCCCGGCUUCUGAAGGUCCUCCAGUUCGAGAUCUCCAAGCUGGCCUACCAUAACCGGCGACUGCGUGUGCAUGCACCACACCGCUAGGCCGCUUGCCGGGCC